AUGUGGCAACCUUGGACGACUUGGGAACAAUGUGAGGGACAUAUACGGCUCACUGCGCCAUGCGCCUGGAUAGAGUGGGAAGUGAUAAGUAUUUGGCUAAUCAAAGACGUAGCAGCAUGCGGCGUAACGUGCACUUCAAUUGUUAACUUUGAAGUGAGUGAUGAAUAUCCUUAUAUUUCACUUUGCACACAUGGCCGACCUACGGACUGUAUCUAUGAUGUUGAGUUGCUGGACUUCACCAUCAGGGGUAAAGGCAAGGGCUUCUGA